AUGGAGCUCGCACUGGGACAACAUAUCAGCCUGGGCCCAGUCAGCUCAUGGGCUGCAAUUUGCCCCAUUGCAAAAGGUAUGUUGAUCUUCAAGUGUAGCCUUAACUGUGGUGUAGCCAAUGUUGUUGAAGAAUGCAUUCACCAAUUAGUACUGCCAAGGACGUUCUUGAUUCUGAAAUUUUUAUAGGCCACUCCAAAUUAGAUUUUACCCCUGUAUUCUAAAAGCUCACUCACACUCAAAGAGUACAGGUUCAAUCUGAGCUUCCCUUGAGUGUCAGUGCUGUUUUUGAAUAGCUGUAGCGGGUGAGUAGUCACAUAGAAAGGUACGACACCAACCAUCCAGCUAUUUUAAAACAGCACUGACACUCAAGGGGAGCUCAGAUUGAACCUGUACUCUUUGAGUGCGGGUGAGCUUUUACAAUACAUGCAGUCUCACUCGUCCAAGUUUCUCUUCGACUCCAUGCAAGAAGUGGCUGAGUGAUUUUUGCAUUAUUUAUAUUUGAUGUUUGGAGAAAUCUUAUAUAUCAGUUGUUUUGUAGUAAAUUUUGUAAGAAUAUAGGAGAAAACGUGAUGUCAAUCAUGUCACGAAAAGCUGUUAAAAUUCUCACCUAUCUUAUUCGCACUCUCGCUUGCUUCUCAUGCAAUACAAUAGCAGCAUGCUGCUUUAAACAGUAAUGCGUAUUGCAGUUGAAACUGCUAGAAAGGUGUUUUACAGUGGACGGUGACAGAAUUGUAGUGUUUAUAUUUUUUGUAUUUUCAAUCAUGAUUAUGGCCGUGCGCAUGACUACAUGCCGGAAACUAUAAAAAUCUCAUUUGGAGUGGCCUAUAGUAGCUUCCAACAACAGUCACAGUGCUUCGUAUUUUAUAGCUUUUUAAUCACGCAAACUUUCGCGCCAUAAUAGCCCAUGCGUGACACGUCGUGUUGAUUAUUUUAGCGUUGCUGUCCAAGAUACUAGUUAAGUGUUAUGAUUUCCUAAAUUUAUAAACUUUGUGAUGUUAAACACGAUCGCAAUCAUGUCCAAACAUACAUAGACACCAAGUCAUCUAAAUCUGUCAACAUACGUCUAAGUGCGUCAAGUGUACGACCAGAUUUAUACUAGUUUACAGCAGUUGUCCAAAGUUGGGUUAGCGCUAAUCCUGAGUUAAAAUUUAACUCCCUGUUUUAGAUUUUUUAAAAUUUUUUAAAAAUUUUUUUAAACCAACAAAUUCCUGUUUUAGAUUUUUUAAAAUUUUUUUAAAUUUUUUUUUAAACCAACACAAUGUUACACCAACAUUGUUGCACCAACAUUGUUGCACCAACAUUGCACCAACACAAAAAAGUCAUGAUUACUAGAUUGCAUUGAUAUCGAAGGAACUAGACUCAGUUCCGAAAUAUCACAUACUCGAACCGACCUGACCACGUAGCUCAGUUGGCAGAGCAUUGGGUUAGUAUUCCAAAGGUCGUAGGUUCGAUUCCCACCGUGGCCAGGCAUAUUUUUCAAGCUUGCCCGGUGUGGAUAUACACUCAGAGUAACGUCGCUGUUUUAGUUUAGGUAUUUCUGCACCUUCGCAGUUUAUUUCUAAACGUGAGAGAAGAAAACUCCUAUUGAUCCAGACAAGACAGUUAUAAACAACUUGUUGGGAAGUUUGAUUUGGUUAAUCUAGGGUUACUAAGCUAACCAACUUUCCAAUAACUGCAUGGUCUUGGUAUGCAAACGAGAAAGUAUUCCUGGACAGGUUUUCCUUGACAAAGUUUUCGUUGACAAUUUUUCUUUGACAAGGAAUCUUUUCCAAAGCAGGCAAAGCUAGUCUUUUGAACAAGGAAAAAUUGUUCGUGCGUACGGCCGCCUAAGAAAACUUGACAAGUGCACAAGAAAUACUUCUAUGGUUUUGGAAAACAAAAUGCGGCCUUGAUUCAACAACUUUUUGAUAUUUUGGUGUAAUGCACCAUCUCAAUCCCCAGGGUCUUAGCUAGAGGGCCGUGUUGGCCGUGUUAUCGCGGCCAAAAAUGGAAAAACACGGCUAGAUAAAAUGAACGCGGCUUCAUUCAUAUAAGGUCAUAUAAGGCCGUGUAUAGGUUCAUAUAAGAUGGUGCUCCUUACAUGACAGACAGAAUUUCUUUCCAUUUACGUCAUAAGAAAGUUUGUAAAAUCUAUUGUUGUUGUUGAAAUUGGCAAAAGUGAUCCGUGAUGUUUUAAUGUUUUGAUGGAUAAUGGGAACCGAAAGGUGUUAAAGUGGUUUUAAAUGCACAAAACGUGUAACGAUAAAUAAUAUACAUGUCAUAUGACCCAGGCCAGAUGAACAGGAAUGCAGGCGUGAAACUCGGGAGAACCUGUGACAGUGAAAAUGAAACUUGCAUAUUUUUUACUUUGUGGUGUAAUGCACUCAAUCAUCUACGAUAUUUAUACCUUAAUGUGUCAAUGAUAUGCAUGUCAUAGGACAACUAGACCAGAUUCAAAUAAACGAACCUCGGAAUGCAAGUUACGCUGAUAACUAUAUUUGUUUUUGAAAAAGGGCUUUCAUUUCUUGUGUUAUUUUUAACCUUCUUUGAUACAACAGAGCGGCUUGUUAUUCUCUUUGUAUGUCAUGAAUUGUGUAUCUUUCUUAGGGCCUGUUCAUAUGAUCCCGCUUACCGGGACGUCUCGCUUACCGAUGAUCUCGCCGCCUAUCUAUUUUCCUAUAAAAUUUUGCAUUGUGUUCAUAUGAGAAAGCGAGCUGGCCCGCUUGCCGAGAUCUCGUUUGAAUUUGCCGAGAUCAUAGGUAGGCGGGAUGAAAAAUUUUCCAUAUGAACACGCCAGCCCGCUUACCGGGAUGAAGUGAAACAAGUCUUGCCAGUUUAAUUUAACACUUUUUACUUGGUUUUAUGUUUGUUUUGUAAACAAGUAUUAAAUAACAACCUGAAGCAAUACUUUUUCUUGUAAAUAAACGAAGAAAAACACUGAAAAUCGCCAAGUAUUUGUGUUGCUUGACUGAAAUGUAGAAGUUUUGCAUACGCUAAUUAUAGAACUACAAUGUAAUUUCAUCUCGGCAAGCGGGACGAAAUACUCCAUAUGAACGCACGGAAAUAUUCGUCUCGGUAAGCGAGACGUCCCGGUAAGCGGGAUCAUAUGAACAGGCCCUUAGUGGGCUGUCAAUGGUUCCUGCUCGCAGUCUGCAGGCAAGCAUGUAGCCAUAAGUGAAGCAUGCUCUUUAAUUAAGGACAAAGGUCCACAUGCUAUCAACGCAGACAAAGAGUAUCGUUAUCGCAGAAACACGACCAUAUUGCUUUAAAUGAAUGCAUGUUCUUCAAAGACAAAGUAUAUGCCCUUCGAAUCGGAUAUUAAACAUAAAUAAAAAAACAUCGGUAGUAUUUGCUCAUGCAGGUGUCACUUUUUACACAAACUUCCGACUGACUUAAAGUUAAGCUACGAACUAAGCUUUGUCAAUACUUUAGCUACUAAUAAAAGACAAUGUCAUCCAGAUUUUCUCUGAUUUUACGAUUACGCAAAACUCAAAAGCUUGGUUUUGCAACUGUGUUGAAAAUACUGCCUCAUGCUCGUCUUGUAGUGCCUAGUGGCAUUGGCAUGCAACUUGUGUUAAACUUAUUUUGUGUAUGGCAUAAUAACGCAACUUUUCUAAGUUGUUGAUAGCACGGUAGCGGUGUCGUAUUGCCAAUCAAAUCAAUAUUGAUGACAUAAUUCAAAUGUCAACAAUUCGGUGAACUAUUGUAACAAGAAUCAAGAUCAAAUACCAAAAAAAUGUACUUUUUAUUGUCAACUGUGCUGUAUAUAGUCAUUUUUCUCAGAUGGUUUCAAACGUCUAGUUGUAUUAGUCUACCAAGAAUACUACUGUAUUUGUGAAAGGUUUUAUCAUUGAAUCGUUAUUACAAUUCGGCUUCGAUCUAUUUACGUUGCGGAUUAACAGAAUGACCUUCAGGAGCCUAAAACUAAUCAUUAAGUUGUUAAAGUUUUGCAUUCUGUCUUUCCUUAUUCGCAUAACACGAAUGAAAAAAGCACUCAAUUUUUAAGUGUUUCACUGACUUAAUAUAUAGGUUGUUUUUUAAUUUGAAAAAGCACUCCAUUUUGCCCGAGACAAAGUUGCACAGGUUAAAUGGCACCUUGCUGUGUCACGUCAAUGAAUUAUUUACAUGUGUUAGACAACCCUUUGUCUUGUCUCGCUUCACUUUAGUUUCUAUUUAAUGGCUAUUUUGCCCUGCAAUUAACAGACGUCGUCACUCAUUCACAAUUCACGUUGAAAAGCCUGUCUUAUCAUAAAGCAAAAAUGCCGAAAAUUGUCUAACUUAUUAUUGUUAUAAAAAAAACGGGCAUUCGUAUUUUGACUUAAUAAAUUAAUUAUACUCAUUUCUGGCGUGAUUAAAGCUGUCCACUUCAAAAUACUUGAUGGCUAAAUAUUAUUAGGGCAUUGUAUUAUGUUUAAGUAAAGGUUUUACAACUGAAAGGUUUUAUAACUGAAUCCCACUGUAAAACGACACAUAUUUUUGGCAUUUUCGUCUAUAACUGGUCAAUUCUGUUGCUUUCAAAUUUUAGCUAAAACGUCUUUUGGUUGAUUAGCUAAAUUCAAUCUAAUUAGCUAAAUUCAAUCUAAUUGUACUAAUUUUGAUUCAACAAUUCGGUAUCCAUGGUGUUAAUCAGUAUGGCCUUUGCUUUUCUUUUCUUUUCGAAGUUACGAUAAUGCAAAGUGUAAAUUAAAAUUUGUGUUGUUUUGUAUUCUGUCUGCAUUCCAGGCAACCAUAAUAGCCUGCCUGGCAGAGGUUGUCACGCAAGCUAGAAACCAUUAUGUAAGCUUGAGGUUAACAUCACUGAAAACCCCCUAAAAAGCCACCUUGAAAUUAAUAUUUCAGACUAGUUAUGGAAUCUCGUCUCCAGUCCUCCAAGUACAAAGCAAGAACACGACAUUGGCCUUAGGUUUUCUCCGGGUACUCUGGUUUUCUCUCACAAGGAUUGUUGACAGAGUGGGUUGGAAUUUGCCUGGACUGACCCUUCCAUUGUAGCUGAACAUACGUAAAAAACGCACAAGUUGUAACGAACCUGCAGCAGACUUGUAGCAAUGCUGUUCCAACAACUUGUCAACAGGAUGUAUUCACUCUACUGCUUCCCAGCUUGUUGACAAGUUGUCAACGGCUUGUUGAUGAGAACUUGCCUACAAAGUUGUUAAGCUUAACCGACUUGUUAGGCCUACAAGUUGUUCCAACAACUUGUUAUCGUCCUGUAAUUCAACAAUUUGUCAACAAGUUGUGAGUGACAACCUUGUAGCAAUUUGAUAAAAUAACAACAUUGUUACAACUUGUUGACAAGCUUGCUACAAACCUGUUGCGAACAGAUCUUGUUGACAAGUUGUGGGAUUUUUACAUACGCAGAACUAACAGUAUAAAUAAUUUCUCUUCAAGGAAUUGGUUAUUCCAUGAUGAUCGUCUCGUUUCUUUGCACUGUGUAUUAUAAUGUCAUCAUUGCCUGGUGUCUCUACUAUCUUUCCCAGUCCCUGCGCUCAGAAGUUCCAUGGAAAAACUGUGGUAAUACGUGGAACACUCCCCAAUGUUCAACCACAGGAAAAGUGGUGUAUCAA